AUGAUGACUCCAAACUUGAAUCUGGAACUAGAAGAUGAUUUUAAAGUCGAUCCUGACCCAGGUCCUGUUUCUCUGGACUUGUCCCUCAACUUCAAUACCAGUGAUGAAGAGUUGAAAGUUACAAGUGACACUAACUGUGAAGUAGGACAUGAAACUCAUGUAGCAUAAGCAAUUCCUAGAGUUUUCUCUUGUAAUUAUUCCUGCCAUAAAUUCUUUAGCUCACAUGUAUUAGGUGGACACCAGAAUGCUCACAAAAGGGAGAGGACAAUGGCGAAGCGCGCAAUGCGAAUGAGGAUGUUCACUGAAAGGUACACAAGCCUAGCAUCUUUGCCUCUUCAUGGUUCCACGUUUCAGUCACUUGGACUUGAAGCUCGUGCUGCAAUGCACCAAGGACAUGUGCAUCAUCAUUCAAUGAGGGCUCCUGAUAUAAGAGCUGCAGCAAAAUUUGGUAAAGACUAUUUUCAGAUGUCGAUCUUCUUGGAAGAUAAUGAUGUCGAUCUAUUUUGGCCUGGAAGUUUCAAACAGAUUGAUGAAAGGGGUGGUUUUAAUUUGGGGCAUGGUGAGCAUGCUCAUAAUUCAAAUACUACUUUUGUAGUAGCAACUGCAUCUCUAGCAUAA